CUGUCCCGAGGAAAAAAAAAAAAAACAAAAAACCCCAGGAAACUCUGGGCGUCGGGGCCCGGCGGGGAGCCGGCGGCACCGGGGGCGCGAAGGCGGGGCCUUUGGGCGCUGGGCGCGCGCGAUUGAAAGGCGGUUGGCGGCGGUUCGGCGGCGGCGGCCGUGGCGAUCCCGCCGCCCCGACGGCGCUCCAUGGCCGACUCCGAGGCGCUGCGGGCUGCUUCGCCCUCGUCGCCGCCGCCCUCCUCCCCCUCGUCCUCGGACGCGUCUUCGGUGGCGUCCCCCGGCGUCCCGGGGAGUCUGGACUGGCCGCUCCCGAGCAGGGUCGCCGGCCGCGCCGUGGACCCGCUGGAAGAGGUGGAGAUGCGGAUCGGAGACGCAGCAUUUUCAUUAACCAAGCUUGUUGAAGCCACGUCUGCAGUAUCAGCUCAAGUUGACGAACUUGCCUUCAAAUGCACAGAAAACGCACGUUUCCUUAAAACCUGGCGGGACCUUUUGAAAGAAGGCUAUGAUUCUCUGAAGCCUGACAACUGAUUUCUCUGUGGAACAGACUCUGUUUCUUCAUUUAAGAUAUGGGCACUCACACACUAUAUUAUAGGAUAGUCUUUUGUUAGUAGUUCUCUAUAUGCAAAAUGAAAAUGCAUCUUGGUUUGCUCCACUUUUGUGAAAGCAGAAUGCCAAUAUCUUUUAUGUCGGCUGUUUUUUAUCUUUAAAUAAUUUCAAUCUUUUAAACUUCCGUAGACUUCUUUGUGAAAGUUACUUCAUCAGUAGCCAACCUUGAUAAUGCCAUAGUGUUAUCAGUAGCAAAAUAGGGAGACCACUGCUCAUUUUUCAAGAAGAUGCCUCAAAAUGGCAAAGUUCAAGGUUGAGUUCAUUUUAUUGACCAUGGGAGGGAACUUUAAGCUUCACCAUUGUUGGGUCCGGCUUUUUGAACCUUGGACCAAUGAUUGUGUUGAUUUCCUUUCCCUAACACUGUGUCAUACAACAUUUAUGAAGUGUUUGUUGAAUAAAAGUUGACAACAAUUAAGACCUAUUAUUUUCUUCGUGAUUUUGCUUGAAGAUUGUAAUAGUUUUUCUAAAAAACAAUAUUUGAAUCGGAAUCACAUUGACUUGAAGGAAAAUGAUUGCCCUAAUUGAUUGUAGCCUUUUAAAACAAUUUUUUUUCCGUUCUUUAAAUUUUUUUUCUUUUUGGGUCACACUUGGCAAUGCACAGGGGUCACUCCUGGCUCAUGCACUCAGGAAUUACUCCUGGUGGUGCUCGGGGUACCAUAUGGGAUGUUGGGAAUUGAACCUGGGUUGGUUCGUGGAAGGCAAACGCCCUACUCACUGUGCUAUCGCUCCAGCCUGCUCUGUGAUGUUUUCUAAAAAACUUAAACUUCAGAAAGUGAAAUCCUAUCUGUAAAAAAAAUGCAUGUUUCCCCCUAUUUACUUUUUAUUAGUUGUUUUUAUAAAUUAUGUUUCUUAUGUUUGUUAUUUUGUUUUUUUAAAGUAUUUUAUUAAAAUUACCACUUGAUAUUAUUUUGAACUUUGCAUGUUUGUGAUUCAAAAACAGGUUAUCUUUUUUUUUAGUACAUUGAAUUUAAAAGAUGUGAUUGUUUUCAUAUUGUUUGACUUUAAUGAAAAACUUAUAUUUUGCAUGCCCUGUAUCUUAAUAUUUCUUUGGUUUUACCCUCUCUCCUCCCUCCCCACCCCAAUCUGUCUUUUUUGGUUUCUAUCAUUACUUCAAGAGUUAAGCCAAUUUUCAAUAACUUGUGCGUAUCUCUGAUUUGUAAUCUUAAUGCUUUAUAGUAAUGGAGCAUAUAAAUAAAUAUAUGUAUAUAUACUAUAAUAUACAGGGCUGUAUUCUAAAACCUAUACAGUGGGUCUGUGAAAGGGAUAGAUGGGCAAAAAAAAAAAUGCUUUGUGUAGCAUAUUAGGUCAUAGUUCUUGAUUGUUUCUUGUUUUUGCAGGGAAGGACUUGGAGGUGGGGUACUUUUUACAGGACUUAGCCAGCCAGGGUGUAAAGUUUGAGUGCUCAGUUUGGAGAUUUGGUGUUGUUUGGUUAGUGGUGCUUAGGGCUAUUAUUCCCCACAGCGCUGGGGGACCAUCCCGUGCCAGAGAGACACACUCCAGUCCUUUGAGCUAUUUCCCAGCCCCAAUUUUUUUAAAGUAAAAAAUAACACAUUCUUGUAUUAUAUGUAGUAGAAAUAUAAUGUGUUACAGAGAAACAACCUGUGUUCUUAUACCAAAGAAAUGCUUAUCCCUUUAUAAGAAAAUAUUUUUAUGUGUUGUGAAAAUUGUAAUAUUUUAAAGUGUAGAAAAAAUAAAUUUGUUUUUUUA